UGAACAUUGUGGCUCUGCAGCGGGUUUGAAGAAGACGCGCUUGAGCAACACGUGGGGCGCGGAGAGGUUCUCGGUGCUGUUCAGCGCACUGAUGAAUGAGCCAUGGAGAGAUCGUCACCUCCUCAGAUGAAGCCUCUGUGGACAGAGAAGAGCUUUGGCAGCUGUGCGUCGUGCAGCUUGGCGUUGUGUUCUGCCUCCGGUCCUCAGCUCUUGCCGUGCCUGCAUGCGCUGUGCAAAGACUGCGUCUCCGCGUCGAGUGAAGUUAAAGAAUGUCCUACCUGUAAGGAGAAGUACGAACUCCCAGAGAUCGUCAGCAACUUUCUGUUUGAUGAGCUCUCGACAAACCCCAAAGAAAGCAUUAAGUGUCAGGGCUGCGAGGACGCUUCAGUGACAGGCUGGUGUGCCGAUUGCCAGGAGAAUUUGUGCGCUGGAUGUGUGGCGGCUCACAAAAGAGUCAAAAGUGCACGAGACCAUUAUGUCCAUAUGAUAAGUCCAGUGUCUCCAAGGCUUGUCACUUGUCCCAUCCACGAGAAAGAACUGGUCAACUUCUACUGUCUGACCUGUGAUCAGCUGAUAUGCAAUCUGUGUCGACACUUUCAUCUCAGGCAUUUAACAGCCCAACCUCUCAUUUUCAGACUGCAGGAGGCCCAUGAAGCAGUGGGCAGGCAGAGGAAGCAGAUCCAGAGGAUGGCCCAGAAAGUUCAGCAGAAGAAGCUGACCAUUCAGAAGAAUCUAUCCGAUUUAGAGCAAAGACUGUCAGAUUUGGAGGAUCUUCAAGCACGAGUAAGGCUGGAAGUGAAGCAGACGGUGGUCAGGCUGUGCAAUGUGAUAGUCAAGAAAGCAGCUAAACUCAACAAAGAGACUAAGGGCCUGUGCGGGAAGGAGAAGGAGAACCUAUUGGAGAGAAGGUCAUUACUCCAGAGACUGGAGCAGAAACUCGACCAUGUGGUGGCCUUCACAGAUAAAGCCGUAGCUUGCCAACACCACACGGUCCUACUGUCCUGCAAAAGACAGGUUCACAAUCAGCUUCAGGAACUGUUGGGUCAAGUAGUUUCUCCCACAGCCAGUGUAAUGGAACUAUCCUUUCAUACCAAUGAGGACAAAGUUAAGAAAGUGCUCAAGACCUUUGGAAGCAUCGUAGCCAGAGAGGUUCCAUUUAGCUGCGGCAACACUGGGAACGUUCCAAACCCAUCUCCAGACCAUCUCACUCCAAACCAUAGUCUCCGUGCACCAACUGUGACAUUUCAAAAAUCCUCUGACCCUCCCACCACUGUACUUCCUUCACUCAGCCUCCCACAGCAAAACCCACAGCCCUCAAAGAAACACUCUGUUUCUGAUGGCAUUCAUUUGAAGACGACCACCAUUGUCCCUACCCCUGUUAGCUUCUCCUUUUCUUCUUCACAGAAUGACAAGUACUAUAAUUUUCCCAACCUGAAGCGAGCAUGGUCCUACCACCCCUACUAUCCUAGGGACCAUGCCCAGUUGGCCCAGAGUUCUGUCAAAUCUGUCUCGCCUCAGAAUCAGAUGAAGCAGCGUGUUCGAUCCAGCAGAGCCACUCCACCCCAGCUUUCCAUGCCCGCUUCUUCAUUCCUCCCUGCUUCAGCACUGGUAACAUCAGUAUCUGUAAAAGAGAGAUCUGCACCCAUCUCUCCAGCCUCUAGCACCAAACAAACGUUUUGCGAACAAAUCAGUGGUGCUUCUGUUGGAGGCCUCCAAAACAAUGGCUUCUUCAAUGUGGAUUUGCUAGAAAGGCCACAGUUGCCUCCAAGGCAGAGGUCUACUAACCUGUCUCCCUCCGAAAAAGUCACAGAAAUUAUUCCUGAUGUUUGUCUUUUGCCUGUUGCGCAAGCAGCAGAUGCUUCUAUGGCUGUGGCUGUGCCCUUUAGUGACGGCCAGAAGAACACCAAGGAAAAGGAGCCCACGUUUACUCUGCCUGACACACAUCCUAGAGGCCUGUUGGUCAGUAAGGGCAAAGACUUAAGUGGAUCGGAUCAAGCAGAAGACAGACGAACAUCUUUUCAGACUGCCAAAGGAAGCCCGUUUUAUCAUUCUGACCCUCCAAAUGGAUCUGGAGUCGCUCUGCAGAAACACGGCCCUGUUUCUGCCACCGUUGCGCCGUUUCUUGUGUUGAGCAGCUGUUCUGUUUACAGUCAUGCACCCACGCUGCCAAAUGAGGUGUUAUCAGGAACCGUUAACCCCACAGUUUGUUCACCUGCUCUUCAAGUACCACGUUGUGCUUCUCAGCUGCCCUUGCCCAGUUGCAAAGACAGCACUGCGGUCAUUUCACAUAAAGACACCACCACAAUACAGAAACGUGAAGAGACUUUAAAUAGUACAGUGCCAGAAACUUCACAGUUAAGUGCAAUUGAGGAUCUGCGUUCUGUCUCAGGAUCGAAUGUUAGCCUGGCAGUGGAGUCCAGAGCCAGCGAAAGGAGCACACGGACACAUGCGCUUCAGCAAGAUGAAGAAAACACUGACAAUGACACGAUGACCAUCCAAGCCGAGAUAAAUGACCUGCAGCUCAAAACUCUGCAGGACUUUACCCAGAUGAGGCUCACUGCUGAAGAAAAGUUGGAGCCCAUAGAGGAAAACCUGGCAUUUGCUGAGCUCAACAAGAGUUACUCCUCCCCUCUGAAGGGGGAAGAUAAAGAGGGUGGCGAAACUGCUACAAAGUUCAGAGAUGGUCAAGGCAAUCUUGUAGUUCUGGAGUCAUUAGGAAGGGAUUGGCUGCCUGAUGUGUCCGUCAGGCAUUUGCCUAUUCCUGAUUUUCCAUCUUCUUCUGCACCUGCUUUCCAUGUUACGUGGAGCGAAGAAAGCAGCAGCUUCCAGCUCAGUGUGAUCAAGGAGGAAGACCAGUGUCCCGCACCAGAUCCCAUUUCUACGCCCGGUUAUUCAAACACUUCUCGCCCCCUGCUGGUCAGUAAGCUGCACUGCGCGGCCUGCAAGAUCAGAGGGAAAUUCCUCCAGUGCAACGUGUGCCAGCGAGCAUUUCACAGGGAGUGUCACCUACCACCAGUCCUAGCAACUGAUGGCGAGCAGUGGCAGUGCAUGCUGUGCAUGGAUUUGUCCCACUCUGAAGAUCAUGAGCUUUACCCGGACUCUGAUGGCCCACCAUCACAGUGUCUCAGUCAGCGUGAUCAGAAAAGAUGUGAGUACCUGCUGUUGUCACUCAGCUGUAAUAAGCAAAGCUCAGUGCUCUACAGGCCAGUUAAGCUCUCCUCUCCGACUUCCCGCUACAUUGAUAUGACUCUGGUCCGAGGCCGUCUGCUGCAGAAGCUGACCCCUCCUUACCGUACGCCUGGAGAGUUUGUUUCUGACGUGUGGCUUCUCCUCCACACACUGCUGAAUUCCUCAAAGGAGGUGCAGCCUGUGAAACGACUCCAGACGUUUUUCUCUAAGGAGCUGAUAAAGGUUUUUGGACAAAGCCUGCAUCCCUCACUCCUGAAAGACCCUUUUACUGGAAACCCUGAGGAAGGAGCGGAUAGUAAGACGGACGCGUGAAGGCAAAGAUAAAACCGAGUGGAUUCUUGUGGAGAGAAAAGAUCAAGAACGUUGACCUUUAGCGAAAUGUCAUGUGACGCGUUAUUGUGACCACAGAUUAUUUUUCUCUGAUUUGUUUGGAAGUCGUGUAAAGAGUGAGAAGGUUGCUGUUGCGUUGUGGUUUUCCACUUUAAGACAUAAGCUUUGUUCACAAACCACUGGUGUUGGUAAUUCUGUUGUUUUGAACGCUCGAUCAGUGAUGUUCUACUGAAAGUCGCAGUGUUACUGGAUUUCAGACUACUGUACUUUAGCUUCCUAUGUUUGCUACUGUUUUAUCACCACCAGCAUUGCAUAAAAACCUCAAGACACCUAGGUUCACUGAUGGUUUUAGACAGUAAAUAAAACGGCUGUAUUGAUA